GGUGUUCGAAAGGUACAUGUGAUGACACUAUUUGUCUCUUAGUAUCAAAGACAUGCGGCGGAAAACAAGCUGGAAUGUACUUUUCGGGUGAAUGUUUGAUUUAGAGAGUGAAAGAAAGUGCCUUGGCCGCCGGUCCGCUACAUUGUGGUGACAGCGGAAAAAAGUGCUUAUAAGUACAGGGCCAAUUUCUGACUGGUGAGUUGCAGUGUGUGGAGUGCAAGAAAAAGAAUUGGGUCUCGCUGCGCGUGCCAGAAGUGAAGCCGUAAAGAAGAAGAAAAAUUGCUCCGUUCAAAAGAAGACUAGGGUUUUCUCCAGCCAGCAAUCAAUUAAUCAAUCGGCAUAUGGUUAUAGUUUUGUGUUACUUCAUUGAUAAACCCUAGAGUGUAGAGAGAAUAAAUUCCGUCAUCAUCCCGUGGUGAAGAAUACAGUGGCAGGUCGGCACCUACGGUUAGCUAAAGUUUGAUAAAGUUCCGGUGAAUUGCGAAUUUCGAAAAAAAAAAGUAACGCGAAAGUGAAAAUUAUCUUCCGAAGAGCAACACCGCGAACAUCAAACAAAAAGAAGCACAAUCGAAGACAUCUCAAUUACAAAAUAUUUAUCGGCUCUCCGAAAAUAGAGCGAAUAUUAAAAGUGAGCGACAAUAAAGCGAGAAGAAAAGAAAAAAAAACGCAAGUGUACAAGAGUGUGAAGGAAAGUGAAGUAGCAGGCAACAAAUCGCUUGGUGUCGGUAUAAGUGAAAAAAAGGAACUUUGUGGACUCUUUGUGUUUCGAAAACCGGAAAAAAAAAUUAUAUUUCAGUGAGUGAAAUAAAAGCAACAGAACCCGAGGAAUGUUCCCGUGGAGAAUGAGGAUGUUCCAAAUGUUAUUGAUAAGGUGAGCUUUAUUUUUUUUCUAAUUUUUGUAUUACAAAUACUUCGGCUUAAUCGGGAAUAAUUUCCACAUGGCCAUAGAACAUAUAGGAUUGACGCAUUGAUGCAUAUGCAUUACAUUCAUUUUGAAAACAUUUGAUUUUGUGAAUACAUUUCAAUAUAAUAGUGUAUGUGGAUUUUUAGGAGAUAUUAUUCCAAUAAAAACCCUAAUAUUGGCAGAAAAUAUCAUCAAAAAAAAAAGUAAGGCUUUUAACUUAGAGUCAUUCGUUCACUCUUGUUAGCAGUGUUAGUUGUUGUCUCGGUGUUAUUCAUUGGUUUUUUUUCUUUAAUUUGAAACGAGAGAGUAUUGCUGUUUGACGGGUGUACGCUAAGAGAAACGGGAAGAAUAUUUUGUAUUGAGCUAAUGAAUGAAGAAGAGGGAAAACGUGAAACAAUCCAGCAGGCGGAAAUAUAAGAUAAAUAUUCCUAGAGGAAUAUAAGUGUGUACAUGAAUAUAAGUUUAUGGCUCAUUUUGACACCGAACGCUAAAAUGUUCGAAUUAGAAGAGGUUUUCUAGUUACAUACUAUUUCAAGGCUUCAAAGCUGAAAUAAACAUCUUGAGUAAUUUAUAAAAAUUAAUUCACAAAUGAGAGUCAUCCAUUCUAUUUUUUUUGGUUCCCGGAAUAAAUCGCCACAGAAAACGACUGCAACAGAAACCACCGCUUAUAAAAUGUGUAGUAGGCUAUAAAUAUUGUGGCGCGGUAUUGUAUUUCAAAACAAGAAUUAACCGGGCAAACGUAUCGCCCCAGGCAAACGUAACGCCCCGGGCAGACGUAUACCGUCCGACGCUCGCUAGAGCUCGGUCGGACAUUGCUAAAGGAUCGUAUCCUAUGUUUCAAACUAACCGGGCAAUCAGUGGAUCCCAGGUUUGCGUGCGAGACACCGCCGCUUCCGACGGCGGGUCGGCGGUGGACUCGGAUUGCGUCAUCUUGGCGGCAUGGGCCGCCUCGAUUCCUUAUCCUCGCCAAAUGGGGACUUCGUCCCCAUUACAUUGUCCUCAGAAUAAAUUUCGAAAAACGAGAACAAGAGAAUAAAUUUAUAAUAGAAAUGUGAGGCACAUGAUGUUUUUCCCGCGCCAAAUAUUUCUAGCCUACUACACUUUUUCUAAGCGGUUGUUUCUGUUGCAGUUGUUUACUGUGGCGAUUUAUUCCGGUCACCAUUUUUUUUCUCGGCAUUUGGAACUUUGUAAAGAACACCCUAACAAAACACUUUUAACAGUUCCGUUUUUGUGGAAGAAUUGGGGCGGUAGUCAUUCAAUGAAUUGGUUUUUCAAGUCAAUUAUAAUUUCUAAACUCAUACAAUUUAGUUCGCUGUUGCACAAUAUAUUCUUUCUUUAUAUUUAUUGAAAUGAACUUCAAAGGGUGUGAGUUUAAGUGGGUGAAUGUUUGAAAAAGCAAACGUCGGUUAAAUUAUUGUAAUAUUAUUAUACAAAAAUAAUGAGAUCGCGAUGGAUUUCAAAUCAUCGUAUAAUCGGUUCACACGAGAAGUGAAAGAACGAUUUAUUUACUUCAAAAAAAAUAUUUCUAAAGAUGUUGCCGAAUGGAAAGGCAAAUUUGCUCCAACAGUACAAGCUGAUGAUAAAUUACAGAAACUUAUAGGUACGAUCGAAAUUUGCAACGAAAUUAAUAAUAGGAUAGAAUCUAAAUUCCUCGCAUUUGAACGAAGAAUUAUAGAACUAGAAAAUGAGAAACACCAGAUGAAGGUGGAUAUAAAAAACCUUCAACAUGAAAAAUGCCAGUUAUUAAACAAACUGAGUAAUUUUGAUGAAAUAGAACAAUCAAACAAAAAAUUGGAGAAUAAUUUGGACCGGGAAAUUAGCGAAAAAACUGGCUUGAAACUAAUAGUUCAAGAAAGGCUUCAAGAUAUCAGUCGGCUAGAGAAACGACUCAAAAAUGAGAAAAAUUCGCACUCAGUUAUUCAAAGCACAAAAAUCUCGCUAGAGAAAAAAAUUGAGCGCCUGCAGAUGCAGCACUCCGAAUCGAAAAAAGCAGACGAAAUAAAUACUGCCAAUUGGAAAAUCAGGCUCAAAGAAAGCGAAACGAAGCUUCAAAAUGAAAGAUACAAAAAUACACAGCUAACGGAGAAACACUUACUAUUGGAAGAAUACAAGCGGAAAAAUUCUGGAGAAGUCGAGGAGCUGCGCACGUUGCUGCAAGAUAAUAAGUCCGCUCUAGAACAAGAAAAAAGGAAAAACAAUCAAGCAAAAACGCAGCUAAAAGCACUGAUAAAAAGGAAUCAUGAACUCGAAGAAAAAAAUAAAACGACAGAGAAUCAAUUGGAACUGUGCGCUAGUAAUAACGCCGAGUUAAAUAAUACAAAUGAGCUUUUGGACAAUCGAUGUCGAUCAUUAAAGAACGAAUUGACAACUAAGGAACAAGAAAAACUAUGUUUGAUCGACAAAAACAAUUGCUCGACGGACGAAAUAAUGGGAUUGAAAAACUCGAUUGAGGCACUGGAAAAGAAAUUGAAAAAUCACAAUGAAACCAAAAUGGAAAACCAUCGUCUGAUCACAUUGAUUGGACAGUUUCAGGUAGAAUUGAACACUUUGGAAAAAGAAAAAACGGAUCUUAUCGUUGCUGCUAAAAAGAAAGAAAUGGAAGAUUGGAAGAACAACGAUAUGGAAACAAAGAAGAAUAAUGAACCAAAGAAAUCAAAUCUGAACAGCAGACAGGAGUCAUUUAUAAAAAUAAGAUGGUAAUAUCAAACAAGCUAUCAAGCUAAAUAUCCCCAAUAUUUGGAUAUUUUAAAAAGGGGCAAUGUGGGAAAAUUUUCUAAUUGAUGUGGCUUUAUUAAUUUUUUUUUCUCUUCUCGAAACAUAAAGUGGAAUCAAAGAAGGAACAACUAUUAUUAACAGUAUUCCAUCAAUUCUGUAAAAAAUGCUAAUUUCGUUUGAAAAAACAUUUCUAUCUCCCAUACUUCAAUAGUAUGAUCAGGGAAAUAUGGGGAAAUGCACUUAUCGAAUUUUAAAUGUGUGAUUUUGAAUUUAAAACAAACACACUUUGAAAGUGGGAUUUUUAUAAAAUGCAAAAUUUGCAUUUAAGUUUAUGAGUAAUUAAAAAUGUGGGUCAAAAUUAUAUUAUCAAACAUAAAAAAGAAACAUAAUAGCGCUAUAAAGGCGAAGAUAAUUAAUGGAAGAGGAAUACACACCCUUCAAAUAAUUGAUAAUGGAAGAGGCAUACAAACCCUUCAAAUAUAUGAAGAAAGAAAUAAAAGAGUGAACCAGAAGAUGUUAAUAAACAUAUUAUACAAAGAGAUAUUUUUCAUGUAGCUGCAAAAGCUCAACAAUGUUGGUCGAUAAGACGUUUUGGGAAAUUUUAUGGAGAAAUGAUAAUUUUAUUUUUUUUUUCAUUCAGAAUUGCUAAAUUACAGAAUUGAAGGAAUUAAUUUUGAUUCUAUGAAAAUUGCGAAAGUUGUACCAUAUUUGUCUACAGCCAAUUUAUAACAAGAAUGUGUCCAUCAAUCGCAAUAAUAGCUUUUGAAUGUACCGAAGGGCUGGAAAUCCAGGAUUUAAUCCCUGUAAGGACGUUUAUAUUCAAUAAUUGCAUCUAAUUCAUAGAAAAUAGGAAUGUGAAAAGCCAGAAUAAAGAAAAGUAUGUGUUGUAGAAAAAUACAAAUAUUUAAAGAGUUUAUAUAUCCAUAAUAAAUAAAGUUCCAAGUAUUUUCACAGAUCCCACCUAGGACCUACAAAAAGAGGGGGGAGAGACCGCAUGUUUUUAGGACCGGAACAGAGUGACGCCACACAUCAGCAGAGAGGAGAAAGACGCGAUCUAUCAACAGAAGAAUGGUAAGAAGGUUUAGAAAAAAAAACGGUCAAAAAAAAAAAAAACAUGAAUAAAUUUUCAAUAGAGUUCUGGAUAAAAUACACAAAAAAAAAAAAGAAAAGAGAGAAAUGUGUUAAUGAAUGAGAAGAGAAUAAUCGAACACGUUUUAAAAAAGUUAAAUCAAUUUUAUUGGUAAUUUGCUCAAAAGCUAGAAAUAUUAAAAAAGAUCGGCAAUGUAAAAAAAAAACAAAUCAAAACAAUGUAUGAAAUAAAAACAAAGAACGAAACAAUGUAAAAAAAAAAAGUUGUAAUUACGUACACUGUAAAAUGGUCAAACUGGUAAGACGAAAAUUAAUUUUCAACGAGGAGCGAGACGUGGUCAGGCAGGCAAAGACAGAUCUCAGCAUACCGCUGAUGGGAAGAGGAACGAUUCGGCAUCCCAGCCGGUUGUUCAGGAUGGAUGGACGACGAGUCAUGCGGAAGGUCGAUGGUCAAUGGUGAUGGGUGCUGGGCAGGACGAAGCGAAAACAACAUGGAGCGAUUCGAGAGUCGAGGAAAGCGGGAAUCGUGAUCACCAUCUGAUCCUAAGGACACUGAAGUGAAAGUAGUAGAAUUCAUGAUGGAACUGGAUUUCAUAAUUGGAGUAAUGACUUUGUACACUUUACGUUGAAGUAAAAGAUUACAACAGUCUAAAAAAAUAAUGAUUAUUUAUCGCCGGAAACUGAUGAUAAAGAGAAUAACUCGGAUCCAGAUAAGGAUGAACAGGAUCUAAAAUAAGGAUCAAAGAUGAACUGGGAGAGAUGACAUUUAAUGAUUGGAGAGCCUAAACUGCUAUAAUAGCAAACACUACAAUCGGAGCAGCAAAUGAAGCUCUAAAACUAGCAAACAAAAACAAGUUCUUGAAGUUGAAUUUCAUUCCAACGAAGAUGUGAUGGACUAAAGUACCGUUCUAAAAGGUUGUUCAGGAAUGGAACCCAGAGACACGCAACAGUGGAUCAAGACGGAUGAGACGGCGCAACGCGGAAGGAGGCAAGCGGCAACUCACACCUAGUACCAGAGACCAACCAAUUGACGAGUCACCAGUCGACGGAUAUACGGAGCGGAAGAGGAGUAGCCGGUGAACAAUGAGAAUCUUAUAUAAAAUAAAAAUUAUAGAGUUUAUGCAAAUGUUUGAAAAAAAAAACAAAACAUUAUAUUUACAAAUAUAUAUUAUAUUUACAUUAUAUUAUAUUUACAA